UCAGGACCAACAGCCCUGGGAGAGAAGAGAGGGGUAGGGGGGUGGGGGGAGGCCCACUUUAUCCCACUUCUUAGGAUUGUCCUCAGGGGGACAAAAGUAAAUUAAAAGCUCAAGCCAGAGCAGAACGAGAGCAGCUAAAACUCCAGAGACCCAAGAAGAGGUCACCAGGAAGGAGAGACUGGCCAUCCAUCUCCAGGGACCACUGAGGAGCCUCUGUGCUUUUAGAGUGACCUGGACAGGGCUGCAUCGUCCCAAGAAGUCUUUCAACUGAGUGCACUGAGAAGAGGUGCAUGAUUUUGUUUUGUCUUUAUAAAUAACAUCUUUGCUCUGAAGAGAAGCAUCGUAGUUCAGUGGGUUGAGAGCCAACCUUUGCGUCAGGAAGACCUAUCUCUGCCGUACACUGGUUACGUGACCCUAGACAAGUCACCUGACUUCUGACUGCCCCAGUUUGAGAUGAUGAAUUAGCAGUCAGCAGUCAGUGUCUGCAUUGGAAGGAGUUUCCACACCAGGAGUUCCUCAUACCAAUAAAAGAGAGAUGAGCACUGAGGAACCUGCCCACGAGAGCUCCCUAACUCUCAGCCCGGCUUUCUUGACCAACUCGACCUCUGUUGACCUUGCUCCACCCAGCCCUUUGCCGCCAGGGGAGAUUCCGCAGCCCUUGUCCAUCAUCAUUGCUCUGGCCUGCAUCUUCCUUUUGCUGGCAACUUUUCUACUUUUUGUCACCCUCUGCAAGCCGGCAGCCAUGGACCCCUCCCGUCACAGCCCUCAUGAAUGCAUGCCCUACCACCCAGAGACACCCAGUGAGCCCCAGCUCCGCUUCUGGAAGCGUCUUGGCUCCCUGCGCCAGUCUAUCCACAGCUUCCGCCGUGGCCGACCUGGCUCUCAGCACCCUAGGCCGGCCAUCCACCAGCCCCUACCUGAUCGAGAUUGGAGCCUAAUGGAAUCAACCAAGAUGUGAUGAGGUAUAGUGAGGGAAUGGAGGUUAGCUUGUCCCUGUCCCACAUGUGAUGGUGGUCAAGUGCGGGUGGGGCAACCUGGUCUACUGGGCAGCCCACCUCCACUGUGACCCCACUUAGCCCCAACUCAACCCUUCUGCCCUUAGAAAAAGUACAAAAAAAGCUAAAGGUCCUUAGACUCUACCAUUCCACCCCAGAUACAGAUCUUGGAUGUGGUCAUUUGCUUCUCACUGGAAAGUCUACCCAGGGACAAACUGGAGAAUUGUAUCCAGGUUAGCGGGAUGUACUCAGAAAGCAAAGCAAGGAUUUCCCUUGGAGAGCCCUUUGGUGAAGGAGCAAUGUUUUCUGAAAAGCCCAUUCCAGGCUUCCUGACUUCCUUUGAAAAACCAUCUUUUGGAUGUUGAAGACACAGCAUUCUACCCAUCCUUCCAGGCUGCCUCCUUCCUAGCUCCAGAGAAAGUUCUGAAACAGUCCAAAGUCAUUGUUUAGCUCAGCGGUUUCUUCCAACCAAGGUCAAAACUGUCAGAGUCCCAAAGCUAAGGAUUCCCAGGCAAGCUCUUCUCCACAAAGGACUCUACUUUAAUUCUCAAGACUGGUCUGGGCAGGGGAUAAGGAUGAGUGGGGGGCUGGUACAAAUGAAUUAUCUCCUAGGAGGGUAAAUGAGGUCUCCUUGUUCCUCCUGUCCUAGACUCAGUGAUCCUAGGAUGCCCUCCUCACACCCCUAUUACACUCAUCAGCUCACUUCCACCACUGCAGGAGAGAUGGAGCUCCCAGGCUGCGGGAAGUGGUGCCCUUUGGCUCUUUGGGCACCGAACUUUCCUGACCAAUGGGCACAGACUGCUAUGUAUACUAGAAGCCAGGACUCCCUGUGUAAAGGAAGAGUCUGGUUUAAAGUAUAAGUUCCCAACUGGUCUCUUGUCUUCUGCCAUCUCUUCCUGGCCCAGCAACAGGCAAGGCCAUGGAUGUAAUGAAUAACACUGGGAAGGGAAGAGGAUGAGCUUCCCAGAGGGGAGGUAAUUAUGCCAGUAAUGCCGGGAUCUAUCUUGUUGUGCAGCUGGAGUACUAAUCAGUAGGAAUCCCUCUCUGUACCUGGGGGAAGGAGAGGGGAGCUGGCAGUCUGCAGCUGGUGGGGAUGGCUUGAUUGAAGGAGGAAGGAGAAGUUAUAAAGGGAUGGGUUCUGGUGGAGGGGUUGGUGGGCCUGGGAGGGGAUACCUCUAGCUGGAGCCUCUUUCGCAUGUAGGGACAUCCAGAUGAAAGGCAAAGCGGGUCCUCUGGACCAUCAAUAAAGAGCCUGUUGUUACAUUCUUACUCCUGGUGACUCCAGGGUGGAUGGAUAAGGGGUGAUGGAGUGGUCUCCCUGAUGGCCUGAGAAGACCCUCUGCUGUUGCUGCACCUUCCCUUCCUACAAGAAUGCUGGAGGAUGGCUGAACUCUGUUCCAUAGGACUCUGGUCUCUUGGCUGAGGGCACAUGCUCCAAGUUUCUAAGUCAGAGAGAAUAAAAGGAAUACUCUGUCUUCUCCUUUUACCUCAGUGUACAAUGCUUAAAUGCCUUUUUCUUCAUGAAAGAAAAUGAGACCUGAGACCUUUCUUCCUUCUCUGCUCAUCCUCUCCACAGCUGAAAGAUUGACUUUCCUAAAGGGCAGACUGAUCAGGCCAUUCUUUCUCUCCAAAAGGCUGAA